AUGAAAGCAAUUGUUUUCUCAGAACAAGGCAGCACGGAGGUACUUCAGUACACAGACGUACCCAAACCGACGCUUGAUACCAAUGAGGCGCUGAUUAAAGUCGAAGCCUGUGCGGUGAACUACCUGGAUAUUCAUGCCCGACGGAACCGCCCCGAGAUAGAAGCGAAACUCCGUCGGGGGGAUACGCCACAUAUACUCGGCUCCGACAUCGCUGGGACAAUCGCCGAAAUUGGUGCUGCAGUCCGCGGUGUUGCGGUCGGGGAUCGAGUUGUUCUCGCCCCUUGCAUUCCGUGUGGUAUCUGUAGUGAUUGCCAUCGCGGUACCGAAAAUUUGUGUGACACGCAAGAACUCAUCGGUUUCCAAACAAAUGGCGGAUACGCAGAAUACGUAAAAGCUCCUGCCCAAAACGCUAUUCAGAUGUCAGCGGCACUGUCAUUCGUUAACGCCGCGGCGAUGCCGAUAGCGUAUCUCACAGCAUGGCAUAUGCUAAUGACGCGUGCACAACUUCGCCCUGAGGACGAUGUCUUAAUUCUCGGUGUAGGGGGUGGUGUCGGAAGCGCAGGACUACAAAUCGCAAAAUUAACGGGUGCCAGAGUUUUUGCGACAGCGAGCAGCGAUGAGAAACUUGAACGUGCACGACAGAUGGGUGCUGAUGUUAUGAUUAACUACAAAGACAGAGAUUUUUCGGAGGUCGUGCUUGAUGUAACCAAAGGACGAGGCGUGGAUGUUGUCCUUGAGCAUGUCGGUGCUGCGACAUGGGAUCAGAGCAUCGCGAGUCUUGCUAAAAAUGGGAGGCUCGUUUCGUGUGGCGUGACAACAGGCAACAUUGGAACAAUUAACAUCCGAAAGAUGUACCAAAAGCAGCUAACAGUGAUGGGCUCCGCCCUCGGCACAGUCGCUGAACUCCGAACGCUUGUCCAUCUCGCUGGACGAGGAAAACUGGAACCUAUUAUUGACAGGGUUUUACCGCUCCAUCGUGCGGGUGAGGCACACUUGCUAUUAGAGAACCGCCAAAAUUUCGGGAAAAUCUGCCUCUGUCCAAAUAUUUAA